CUUUGUGGUCGCAGCCCUCCUGGUGGCGCGCCCCCCCCCCUCCGACUGGGGGGCAAACUGCGGGGCUCUGGGAGGUGGGGGCGUGGCCGCCGCCCGCGCUGCUGCGCUUCCGCGGUUCGCGCGUCCCGGCUGCAGCCGGCACAGCUGGAAAGCACCUUGCGCAAGGGUCUCACGGGGUGCAGACUCCGACUCCUCCCCCUUCCUCCUCCUUCCCGGAUCCCUAGCGCGCGAGCAGGGAAGGUCCGAGCAGUGCGCGGGGACGCAGAGACCCGCUGUCACCGCGCCUCCCGCUGCGUACGCCGCCCGGCCGGCCGCACUCUCCCCGCCGACCCCGGCGAGUGCGCUUCGGAGGCUGGAGACCUGGCAGCCGCCCGCCCAAAUCGUGGGGGCUUUUAUCAUUUACAAGUCCUGGUAGGCUUCCCGGGCUUUGGAGAAUAGGAGGAGGGGAGACGGGGUUGGCGGUUGGCGGAGCAGAGAACUUUUUGAAUAGCUGAAACUUAAUUUCGUGCUUAUGUAACCCGGACGCUCUUCUGCGAUUAAAGGGUCGUUGUAGCAGAACGUGAAUGCUGGGCUUUUGGUCUAAGAGAGAGUGUUAAGGAAAAAGUUAUUUCACGGAUGUUUCCCGCUGGUCAUGCGAUAUCAGAGCUCCGAAAUUCUUGUGUGUCUGGGCGGAAAACGACGCUUAGAAAGAACAGCGUGCAUAGGAAUUGUCCCAAAAGUUGACAAGGAAGGCCAGGAGGUGUCUUUAAGAGAAACGUCUAUUUCACUUUCGGGAAGAGAUUUUGGCACAGAAUUAAGAAGUGCUCCUAAUAAAAACAGGGAAAGAAACACUACUACAGUUGCAUUAGGCGUCUGUAGCCUGAGUCUCACGUAUUUGCCAAGUGGAGUAUAAUCUGAUCCCAACUCUGAUGGAUUGAGGUUUGUAUGCCUUACUUCCGGCAGAUGGCCGUUUAGGACUUUUUCUUUCUUAUAAGGCAAACUGGAUAGUUGAGGUAUCUAGAGGUUUGGAAGCAGAUUGGCUGUGCUCGUCUACAGCUAGAAUGUGUAAUUCUGGGGCUUUUGGAGAAGAUAGAUAUAAUAAGGUGGGCCCCGAGGGGCAAUGUACGGAAAACUGGCAGAAAAAUCUUUCCAGUGGGAGGUAACACAAGAUGUAAUUAUCCUUUGUUAGGCAGAGGCAUAUGCCGAUAACCUUGGCCAUUUUUCAUUCACACUUGCUAGGGAUUUCUCAACUUUUGUUUACAUAAAUAGAAGCAGCCAAGAGGGUAACGUUAAUGCUUAGCAUAGGAUUUCCUCUUGCUGAUUUCUGAAAUAAUUCAAAGCAAAUAAUUUGGGCUGUAUCUGCCCAUUUCUCCAUAUCUAAGAUUGUUGUAUUUGUCCACUCCGUUGACAGGUGGGGGCGUCAUGAGGAUUUUUAUAGUAACCUCUGUGGGGGAGAGUCUUUAUUGGUGAAAUAGAAUAGCUUCACAAGCCACGCUUUUUCUACAUGGGUAGUCAUCUGUAGAACUCCGAAAUCAUUAAGCAUGUUGUCUGCUUAAUUAAGGCCUGAAAGUGCUGAGGCUUUAGCAGGGGCCUUUAGCAGGCUGCCGGGUCCUGGGGUUGCUGGGGUGCACUGAUUUGCCUGGCAGGAGGCUGUGUUGCUAAGGAAUUAGGCCUGGCUUCAGUGUCCUGCACUCCUCCGCCUCCCCUGCCCUCCCUCUCUCCUUCCCCCUCUCCCUCUCCUCUGCUCCUCCUCUCUUCCUUCCCCCCUCCCUCAUCAGGAAACUUAGGAGUGUGUGCACUCAAACCUCUUAGGCUUCGGGUAUGAAUGCUUGAGACUUUCUGCACAGUGUAAAAAUCAAAACCUGUCUUUCCUCUCUGGAUCAUCUGACUUGUAAACUGCGUGGACUUUUUUUUCUCUUUCUUUCCUGAGUCACGUUGCUACUAGGAACUUUAUUUUCUCUCCAGUCAGCCAUUUGCUAAGUCCAGGAGCCUUGGAACUUUUCAAGCCAGUGGGGGUCCUCAGUCAGGCUGGUUUUGCUUUAACUUCCUUUUCUCAGUAAAUUCUACGGGCUGAAACUGCAACUGAAUGGCCCAACGAAAUUAAAGGCGAAUGUUCCUCCAUUAACCUAAGAAAUUCCUUUCGUAACUCAAGACUCCAAGAGCCUGCAUCACAGUCUCUCUCAAAGACACAGGGAGGUCUCUGAGAGGAGCUCUCUAGAUAUAACUGGUGGUAACAGCUAUCAAAGCAUUUCAGAGGUUUCUACCUUUUUUUUUUUUUUAACUUUGUCUCUUAUUCUAGAUACAGCCUUUAGAACCUAACCGUGGGGGCGCCUGGGUGGCUCAGUCGGUUGAGCGCCCGACUUUGACCGCUCGGGUCAUGAUCUCGCGAUCCGUGGGUUCCAGCCCCGCGUCGGGCUCUGUGCUGACAGCUCAGAGCCUGGAGCCUGCUUCUCAUUCUGUGUCUCCCUCUCUUCUCUUCACCUCCCCCACUCGCACUUUGUCUCUCCGUCUCAAGCUCUCUCUCUCUCUCAAAAAUAAAUAAGCAUUAAAAAAAAAAAAGUGAAGAAGCCCCGGGGAUUGGUAGCCACAUCCCAUUUACAGAUAAGAAAGGCCCAAGCGUAUCUGCAAAGCCAGGAGUCUUACUCAGUACUUCUUUUAUGCAGGGACCAGCAACCACAGAUGACAGAGCUUAUUAACCGUGCAGCAGAUACCUUGCACACCUGAACUUCUUUAAACCUCACAACCGCCCUAUGAGACUCUCUAAAAAGCGUAACAGUGAUGGAGUACAUGAGCACUGGAAGUGACGAUAAAGAAGAGAUCGAUUUAUUAAUUAAACACUUGAACGUGUCCGAUGUCAUAGACAUUAUGGAAAAUCUUUACACGAGUGAAGAGCCAGCGGUUUAUGAGCCCAGUCUGAUGACCAUGUGUCAAGACAGUAAUCAAAAUGAGGAGCGUUCAGAAUCUCUGCUGCUCAGUGACCAGGAGGUGCCUUGGUUGUCCUCCGUCAGAUAUGGCACCGUGGAGGAUUUGCUUGCCUUUGCAAACCAUAUAUCCAACACGGCAAAGCGUUUUUACGGACACCGACCACAGGAAUCUGGAAUUUUAUUAAAUAUGGUAAUCACUCCCCAAAAUGGACGCUAUCAAAUAGACUCUGAUGUUCUCCUCAUCCCUUGGAAGCUGACCUACAGGAAUAUUGGCUCUGAUUUCAUACCUCGGGGGGCGUUUGGAAAAGUAUACUUAGCACAAGAUAUAAAGACUAAGAAAAGAAUGGCCUGUAAAUUGAUCCCAGUAGAUCAAUUUAAGCCAUCCGAUGUGGAAAUCCAGGCUUGCUUCCGGCAUGAGAACAUCGCCGAGUUAUAUGGCGCAGUCCUAUGGGGUGAAACCGUGCACCUCUUCAUGGAAGCAGGCGAGGGAGGGUCUGUCCUAGAGAAACUGGAGAGCUGUGGACCAAUGAGAGAAUUUGAAAUUAUUUGGGUGACAAAGCAUGUUCUCAAGGGACUUGAUUUUCUGCACUCAAAGAAAGUGAUUCAUCAUGAUAUUAAACCUAGCAACGUUGUUUUCAUGUCCACAAAAGCCGUUUUGGUGGAUUUUGGCCUAAGUGUUCAAAUGACUGAAGAUAUCUAUUUUCCUAAGGACCUCCGUGGAACAGAGAUUUAUAUGAGCCCAGAGGUGAUCCUAUGCAGAGGUCAUUCAACCAAAGCAGACAUCUACAGCCUGGGGGCCACACUCAUCCACAUGCAGACAGGCACCCCGCCCUGGGUGAAGCGCUACCCUCGCUCUGCCUAUCCCUCCUACCUGUACAUAAUCCACAAGCAGGCGCCUCCGCUGGAAGAUAUUGCAGAUGAUUGCAGUCCCAGCAUGAGAGAGUUGAUAGAGGCCGCCUUGGAGAGGAACCCCAAUCACCGCCCGAGGGCAGCAGACCUGUUAAAACACGACGCCCUGAACCCCCCCAGAGAGGAUCAGCCUCGCUGUCAGAGUCUGGACUCCGCCCUCCUUGAGCGGAAGAGGCUGCUGAGCAGGAAAGAGUUGGAACUUCCAGAGAACAUUGCUGAUUCUUCAUGCACAGGAAGCACUGAGGAAUCAGAGAUGCUAAAGAGACAGCGUUCCCUCUACAUAGACCUUGGGGCCCUGGCUGGCUAUUUCAACUUUGUACGGGGUCCGCCAACACUAGAAUAUGGCUGACUGAUGUUAUCAUUUUCUCUAAAUAAUCAAGACUCAGCGUUGGUCUCCUGGAAGCUGGUCCUGCUGAGUCUACGCUGGGGCUCUGGAUAACGAACUGUGCCAUUUGUUAGCUUGGCCGUGUGGGCUCCCGUGUCUCAUGAAUGUGACUCCACAUGGCUCCCAUGGGUUUGAUGUGUGAAGCCGCCCUGGUAGCUGCCAGGUCUAAAGGUUCUCAUUUCUCAGAUGUUAUGACUCAAAGGGAGCUGAGGGUUCAUGGCAGGAUUGUUUCUAGUGACUGAUUCCAUUCACUGUGCACUUUGCUCACCAUUUACAAAAUACCAACCACAAGGAUAAUGUGUUAGCCUGAAAUUACCAUUCUUGGUUCUGAUUUAAGUACGGGAACUUCAUUUAACUCAGAAUAGUUGGCUUGUAUAUAUGGGUGUAUAUUAUAACUCCUCGAGCCUUUGUGGGUAGAUUCUAGUAUAAAUUAAAGUCGUCAUAUUUUGGGUGAAUAGAACAACUUGAAUCUUCUAGCAAUAAGCUGAACUGGUGUCUCAAAAAUGGCUCCUUGUUCAGGAGCCAUCUGACAGAAGCCACUAGUGACAGGUUCUGUUAUGUUCCUAUGGAAACAUUUUGUACUGUAUAUGCUAUGCUUAAAACAUUUAAAACAUGGUGUUUUGAAUGUGGAUAAAACUGUGUUAAACCACAUAAUUUCUGUACAUCCCAAAGGAUGAGAACGUGACCUUUAAGGAAAAUGAACUUUUCUAAAUUCUUAAUGAUGCUACUUUUGUAACUCUCCUGAACACUUCCUCGUAAGCAUUUGUAUAUUAAAAUAGCAUACUGUGUAUGUUUUAUAUCAAAUGCCUUCAUGAAUCUUUCUUACACGUACACAUAUUUUUAACAUUGUAAUUACGUCAGUAUUCCUACCUAAAGUACGUUUUUACACCAGGCAAAUGAAACCGGCACUUUUAUCCAGCGUGAUUGGUCAAAUCAACUGAAUAAACUCAGUAUUUUGCCUUAAUUCUUGUGGAGAGUGCGAUUCUCAGCUGGGACUGGGGGUGGGUUAUGGGGGUUGGGAUAGAGGUGGGAGGAGAGCAUGUAUCACGAGGAAGCAAAGAACACCUGAGCGUUUUGCAAACGGUUCGUAUGCUCCUCGUCUAUCACUGCUGCGUUAAGCCAUUGUUGUCACCUGGGUUACACCGCAUGUCUUCGGCACAGUGGUGCAGAAAAAUACUUGUUAGCCCCCGGUGCAGGCCAAGCCUGGUUCUAUUUUGCAUCUUGUUUUUAUACAUUUAUACUACCUUUGAAUAUAUGCUUGCAUGUUCUAUGUCUGUCGUUUGUCGGGUAAAUAACUAACUUGCCUUGUGUUAGUUAUUAACUAACCUUACCGUGUGAGGUAGAUUUCAGUCGAGGACACAAAUUCUAACGACAAGUGUCAGAUAGGAGUCUGAUUUGUCAUUCACCGAGUGACCCGCGUGACAUACUUUUACGUGUGUUAUGUGUGUUAGGUUUUUACUAAAGCCAUCUCCGUAACCCUCACAAGCUCGUGGAUGAAAGAUGCACCGUUACCUCCAUUUUGGGGGACCCGAAACACUGUGAGGUUAGACAACUUUAUGCUUAAGAUCCCAGAGCGAGUUAAGAGCCAGAACCCAGGCCUUUCUGUCCCCAGUGUGUAUUUUCUUCCUCAUACUGUGCUGCUCACAAGUGAUAGACCAUCACAAGAGAUAGAUCAUCUUGCUGCAGAGAAAGCACGAUGCUCUCACUGGAAUUCAGUUCUCCAAAUAAGGGCAAAAGUGGACUCACCACCAAGCUAAUGAAGCUUCAGCCUCGGGGCCCGUCACUUGCAUGCCGCCCCAUGGCCCUGCGCCUGCUUUUAUACUACCUAGAUCAGGUCCAACAAAACCUGGACCCAUCCCUGGGGCAAGGUGUGUAAUUUUGGAUGAUUUGCAUGAAAAACUAAAACAGUCCGUAUGAAUUGAGUUCCAGUUAACAAAUUCCACUCGGAGGGAAAACAUGCUCUCUAAGUAAAUUGGAGCUCUCAUGGAAAGAUCCGGGAAUGUUUGCCAAAAGAUGGCCAUAGGCAGUGGUGGCCGAAAAAGUGGUCAUGAGGGCUAGCAGGGCAGGUUCAGGGCUGAGACCUGUGCGCUGAGCACCCAAAGAGAUGUUGACCUAGGAAGCAAAGAGUUGCAGCCUGGGAUGGGCCACCAGAGUCAGCUUGAGAGAAGGAGGCCCUGAGUUGGUUCUGAGGAAAUCCACCAUUUGCUUCCUGAGAAGGCAAGCAGUGGGGCUUUCGGGCUUGGAUGUAGCGGG